GUUUAAAAUCAUCCUUUGGUGCUGGUUCCUCCUAAUCGCCGCUAGGUGGCAGCAAUGCGCACUCUGCCCAUUUGUGAGUGGAGCCCCAAUAAAGCCCACGGGUGAAACGUGAUGCUCUGCGCCUCAAAACCCUCCGUCUCCGUUCGUGACCGCGCGUUUGGGGGCUGUGAUUUAAAAGCACACAUGUUCCGGUUUUACCCUUUCACAUUAAAACACCAGUGGAUACAGUCUUCAUUGCGCAGACGUCGAUGCUUUUACUUUUUUGAAAAAGUUUAGCUUCUUUCUAGGUUUUCUCUCGCUGACUUGACCGCCUGACUGCAUUUAUCUCUACGACAGGGAGCCUACAAGCGACAACUUCCCGAGAUAGACACAGAAUGGAGAGAAGCUGACGCACCGUUAUUUACCGGACCGUGGAGUCUUCUAUCAAAGCCUUCGGUCAUGCCAUCACAGCCUACAUGUUGUGCGCAAGAAGAAUAAUCUAAAAUAUACUCUGAUUGUUUCUGUUUUUUAACUUUUUGUAGAAGUUUUUCCUCUUUUUAAUACUUUGGAUACUUUGGCCGCGUUUUUACGCACGGUUUUUACGCGCAAGGAUGCCUCAUCCAAAGGGACACAUAACGGGACUACACCACGUAUUUUAUGUUUGUCUCUCCUUUUCAGUGGCGUAUUCCUAUAAUAUAGACUUGGAACAUCCUUUGGUGUUCCGCGGACCUCAGUCUAGUUUUUUUGGCUACUCCGUGCUGGAACAUUAUCAUGACAACACACGCUGGGUGAUAGUUGGAGCGCCCCGGGCGAACUCUUCCUACAGCGGCUCGGUGCGCUCUCCUGGCGCGGUGUACAAGUGCCGAGUUCACAGCAACCCUGAGCGCCGCUGCACAGAGAUGGAUCUGGGGAGAGGAAACAAGCCCCGGGAGACGUGUGGGAAGACCUGCCAAGGAGACCGGGAUGAUGAGUGGAUGGGGGUCAGCCUGGCCCGUCAGGACAGAGCCGACGGCAAAAUACUGGCCUGUGCCCACCGCUGGAAGAACGUGUACUACGCCGCGGAACACAUCCUGCCACACGGAUACUGCGCCAUCAUCCCUGAAUCGCUUCAGGGCAGGACCAAACCGCUUAUCCCUUGUUAUGAAGACCAUAAGCAGAAGUAUGGGGAAGAGCAUGGCUCGUGCCAAGCUGGGAUAGCAGGAGUCUUCACAGAGGAGCUGGUGGUGAUGGGGGCUCCGGGGUCCUACUAUUGGACUGGGACCAUCAAAGUGUACAAUCUGACGUCUGACUCCUUCUACAGCCCCAGGGACAGCAUCGACUCUCAUGGAUACAGCUACCUUGGUUAUGCUGUGGCGGCUGGACACUUCUCCUCCCCUAAUGUGAUAGACAUCGCUGCAGGGGCGCCUCAGCACAGCGGCGUUGGAAAAGUUUACAUUUUCAAAAUCGAAGAUCCAUUUUUGGUGAAGAGUUUUCAAGCCUCAGGGAAAAUGAUGGGCUCUUACUUUGGCUCCUCAUUGUGUGCAGUUGAUCUGAACCAGGAUGGCCUGUCAGACCUGCUGGUGGGGGCACCCAUGCACAGCCAGCUCCGGGAUGAGGGCCAAGUGUCUGUGUACCUCAGCAAGGGCAAUGGCGUGAUGGAGGAGCAUGCAGUCUUGACUGGUGACAAUGCUUUCAAUGCACACUUUGGGGAAAGCAUUGCAGCAAUUGGAGACAUAGACGAUGACGGCUAUCAAGAUAUUGCCAUAGGGGCUCCUAAAGAGGACGACUAUGCAGGAGCUGUUUACAUUUACCAUGGGGGAGCUACAGGAAUUACUCAAACGUACUCCAUGAAACUCUCUGGACGCAGUUUAAACCCUGGUCUGCAGAUGUUUGGCCAGUCUAUCUCUGGCAGUGUGGACAUGGAUGGCAAUGGAUACAAAGAUGUCACCAUUGGGGCUUUCAUGGCCGACAGCGUGGUGAUGCUGAGGUCCCGGCCUGUCGUCACAGUGGAUGUUUCCAUUUUCCUGCCCGUCUCCAUCAACAUCUCCGUGCCUCAGUGCCACGAAGGCCACCAGAACCUGAACUGCUUCAACGCCACGGUGUGCAUGCGCUUUCGAGGCAGACAGCUGCCAGGACAAAUAGAGCUGUUGUACAACCUGACGGCUGAUGCAGACAAGCGGCAGAAGAGCCAGCCGGGCCGAGUUUACUUCGUUCAGAGCGGAUCUCAGAUCAGCCAGAUGAGCCAACAGCUGAGUCUGGACAUCAACCGGGAGGAGUGUCAGCACUACACUGCCUUCGUAAAGAAGGACGUGAAGGACGUCUUCACCGCCAUCACCUUCGAGGUUGCGUACAGCCUGGGGAGGCACGCGCUGGCCGGACACUCAGAUCCGGAGCUGCCGGCUCUGACGCCGGUGCUGAGAUGGAGGAAAGGAAACAAGAUUGCAGUGAGGAAUCAGACCUGGUUUGAGAAGAACUGCCUUUCGGACGACUGCGCUGCAGAUCUGAGGCUUCACGGGAAACUGCUGCUUUCUGGGUUGCAUGUCAAACCUCAUUUGGCGCUUGGAGCAGUAAGGAACGUCUCCCUAAACAUCACCAUCUCCAACGCCGGAGACGACGCCUACGACACCAACAUCCACUUCAACUUUUCCAGAGAGGUUUUCUACAUCAACUUCUGGCAGAAGGAAGACAAGGGGAUUUCCUGUGCUCUGGUUGAUUUAGACUUCCUGGUUUGCAGAGUGGGAUUUCCAUUUAUGAGAGCACAGACGAAGUUUCAUUUUGCUGUGAUUUUUGACACGAGUAAGCUCUCUGGAGAAAACGAAACAUUGCAAUUCUUGGUUCAAGCAAAGAGCGCCAAUCCAGAGCACAAACUUUACGACAACUUUUUAGAUCUUUCCAUCCCUCUGAUCCACGAGACCGACACCACCCUCACUGGAAUGGUAACGCCGAGCUCCUUUGUGUAUGGAAACACCAUCGACGCCUCACGCUUUGUUCAGUUGGAAGAUAUGGAAUGCAACUUUCAGCCUCUGAAUCUGACUUUCCAGGCGAUAAACAAGGGGCCCAGCCGGCUGCCUGGCUCCACAGUGGACAUCAGAAUACCUAAUCGGUUGGCUGGCAGUGGACCUGACAUGUUCCACGUUAUUGAAACUCAGGUGGCUGAUGGUCGGGGAAACUGCACCCCCCACAGGAAUCCCACCCCAUGCACCAUCCCCCAGGACAAAGAGAGCAUCUUCCACUCCAUAUUUUCAUUUUUCACCAAAUCAGGCCGCAAAGUUUUGGACUGUGACCGACCUGGAAGAGCAUGUAUGACCAUCACCUGCACUUUGGGGCCACAGUUCAUAGAUGAAGCUCUGAGCAUAGAUCUAAAGCUUCUCCUCAACACGGAGAUUCUGAAACGAGACAGUUCCUCCGUCAUCCAGUUUGUGACCAGAGGUAGCGUGCAAGUAAACAACAGGGCAGCGGAGGUCCCGAACGGCCUGCAAAAUGACAUUUCUCUGGUGUUUGAGGCGCUGCACAGUCAAGAGCCGCGAGGUUACGUGGUUGGCUGGAUCAUCGCCAUCAGCCUUCUAGUGGGAAUCCUCAUCUUUUUGCUGUUAGCCGUACUACUCUGGAAGAUGGGAUUCUUCCGUCGGCGCUACAGAGAGAUCAUUGAGGCCGAGAAGAACCGGAACGACAGCGAUGAAAGCUGGGACUGGAUGGAGAAGAGCCACUGAGAUUGUGGACGGGGUUCCCAGAGGAGCCAGUGAGCGUAGAGACGGGGUCAAGACGGAUCCAGUAGCACUGGGUGUCACAACCCAGCCACCCUUAGAGGCACCAGGUCCUUCAAGCCUUCCAUAUGUGGAAGAGAUUUAUAUUCUCCAUAUUUUUUGGGGACUCUGAGAUGGGGAUUCUGAGGCGACAGUUUGGCUUGCGAGAGGACACUUGCCGUGGAACCUGUAUAGGCUAAUCUCAAACGGAAGGAACUCCCGGCCUGUGGAGUCGGAGGGAUUUGAAGACAGCAUGAGUACUGAUGGACAACUAAACCCUCAGGGCUGUUUUAGAUAGCAAAUUUAUUUUUAUACACACACAUCAAGCCAUAUUGUAAAAAAAAAAGCUGAGGUUUUAAAGGCUAUUAUAAACAUGCUGUUUGUUUUCUUUAAAGCACUGAUGUAAGGUAAGAAGGAAAGAAUUGUUCCGUAUCUGUGCCAAAGACAUGUCCCAUAAAGUAUGGAGUUUAUUUAGCUUGUCCCUGUUGCUGGGAGUAAAAGAUUUACGUUCUUUUGUCAAAUUUGUAAUCCCAUCUAACAAACCAUUUACAGUCAGAGCUAAUUCUGCACGAUAAAAUGUCAUUUUCAACACGGGCACAUUCAGGCUGUGGAAUGGACAGUGGUUUAGCUUCCUUUUUCAGGUUUUCAUCCAAUCAAAUUGGGCAUUCACCUCCACAAAGGUGGGACUCUAGCAUUCCAAUUGUUCUGGUUGAAAAAUAUUUUCAGAGUCAGACAUUUUGAACAGAAUACACUCCUGAUCAACAUCUUUAGACCUGUUAUGAAAUUGCAUGAAUUUGCAUUUUGCUGGAUUCUAACAAGGUUCAUUUCGAGUUCUGAAAUGUAAAAACAAGAGAGGGGAACAAGAGGCCAAACAUUUUGAGAAGACAAUUUAUUUAACUGAAAUGGACUGUUCAUCAGAUGACCAAAAAAAGUAAAAAAAAAGCAUCCCAAACCAUGAUGGUUCCUCCUCUACUGUGUCAUGCAGAAAACCUUUUAGAUGGGAUCUCUCUGUCGUCACAAACAUCAACUUUACAUUUUUUUUCUCACCAUCAGAAGAUAACUUUCUUCCACUUUUGGAUGUCCCAUGUUUGCUGUUCUCUUGCAAAGCCCAACAGCACAUUUCGUGAUGGAGGAGUGGUCUUUGAAGACGCUUGAAGAUACUGUCAUUACUGGGCAACUGUCAGCACCAGUGAUGGUCUUAACUUGGGUCAAGAACCAUCCAUGUCUGAACAGACGUGGCUCGCUGUCUGGGACAUUUUUUGGAUCUGCCACUUGAUGUUUUUAUUCCAUAAUAAUUAAAACUACGGUUUUACUGUUUCUAACCAGCAGUGAUGGCUUAUACAGCUUAACAAUUCUGCCACUUUCAAAGAAAUUAAGAUUUUUUUUUUUUUACCAUUGCCAACAAGAACACAUAAUAAGAUUAUUACUCAUCAGUUUGUGCUUUUAAAUGCUGUGAUUUUCAAUGAAUUGGCAACUACAAAUAUUUUGCUCCUCUUUCUACGUUUUGCAUUUUGAAGCUCUAUUUAGAACCUUGUUAAGGUCCGGUUGUGUAAAAAACAAAUUAGUGCAGAUUUUGAUCAGGAGUGUGUACGACUGCUUUUACAAUAAAGCGCUCAGGUAUGCUGCAAACUUUUCUGAUAGAUUUGAUUAUAUUUGAUCCAAGCUUAUCAAUUGCACUGCAAAAACAAAAUUUUUAGACAGUAAAAAAAAUGUUUCAAGAAAAAUUGUCUUGCAAGAAAAAUCAUUUUAGUUUGAGACAGCAUGACGUAGUGACUGGAAUUGUUUUCCUAAAAUAAGAAGAUAGAGAGACCAGUUUUUUUUACCCCAAAAUGUUUCAAAUUUUAAAAAUGUUUGCCUGUUUUUGCAGUGCGUAGAUAAUUUUUGAACUUAAUAAACUUAUUUUGAGGUAAUUUCUGAAACCUCAGCCAAGCAGACCCCGUUUCAUGACGUUAUAUGGGCUGAAAUUUGAGAUGGACGGAUGAAAGCAUGAGUCUGCGCCAUGUCAUGAGUAAUGCCCCCAAAAUAGGUGGGACCUUGUUGCACUCAAUCAUUUCAGAGAAACAAACUCUUCGGGGUUCCUGAGAAAAUCUUCCUGUGAGAGUCUGAGAAUGUUGCUGCAUAAAAAUCUGUCGCCAUUCAAUUCUACAGCAGUGUUUGGACACAAUGAUAAAACUUUUAUGAGUUUUUCUUUAAAAAAAGUUGGAAAAUUGACUAGGUUAAAAGUGUAAAAAGUUCAUAGCAAAACAUAAAAGAGGAUUUUUUUGCACAACAAUCAAAAUCACAGUUUUUUAUUCACUAUUAUAAACUUCACUUUUAAGCCACUUUAUGGAUCGCUCUGCAAGCACCACCUUUUUGGAGCUGUGUGUGAAUCCUUUCACGCUCUAGUGUUUCAGAACGCUCCACACGUCCAUGUCCUCCCUCUGCAUCGCUCAAGCAGACACUUUGCUUCAUGUAUGUUAGAAAAAGCAACAACACUUGACUUGUUUGUGUAAAGGCGUAACUGUGAUGAUUAUACUUUGAUUCUGUUUGUCGUCACCCUUAAUCACGCCCGUGUCGGGGUUUUGUUCUGAAUAUACUACUGUCACUGAGUAUCAUUUCCAUUAUAGUGUGUCGUAUGUUUGAUGUUUGAGCUGCAUAUUUAUCUGUUGAUAAAUUUCAGAAUGACAUUA